AUGGCAAGUUCAUUCUCUACCCCCUUUCUCACAACUGGUGUUACCAAAGAACAAAGCCACAAAAAUCAACAAAAAUCCCCUGACAUAAUACUAUCUGAGCUACCAAAAGAAAGAGGUUGGCUGAGUGAACAUAUUCACCAAUACAAAGGCUUUUGGUAUGCCACAGGAGUUCUUCAAGGUCUGCUAGCACUUCAGCAGCAGCAUUUCAAGCCAAAACCAAACACUGUCUUACUAGCCAGUUACCCAAAAUCUGGCACUACAUGGCUUAAGGCUCUUCUUUUUGCUAUUAAAAACAGAGCUGAAUUAGAUUUCAACACACACCCUUUGCUCUCUUCAAAUCCACAUGAGUUAGUACCACAGUUAGAGGCUUAUGCAUUUAAGCACCCAACAAAUCCAACACCAAACACUUGUCUAAUGCAUUCACAUCUUGCUUUCAAUUGUUUACCAGAGUUGGCUAACUGCAAGAUAGUAUACGUCUUUCGCGACCCGAAAGAUGUGUUAGCUUCUUGCUGGCAUUUUAUACAGAAAUUAAGACCUACAGAACUUCCUUUCAUUUCUCUACCUGAAGCAUUUGAUCAAUUCACUAAAGGGUAUUCCCCUUUUGGUCCAUUUUGGGAUCAUGUAAUGGGAUAUUAUAAAGCCAGUUUAGAAUUUCCAAAGAAAGUUUGUUUCUUGAAGUAUGAGGAAUUGAAGAAAGAUCCAAUCUUUAAUGCAAAGAAAUUAGCAGAGUUCUUGGAGCAGCCUUUUUCAUUGGAGGAAGAAAGUGAAGGAAUUGUGGAGAGAAUAACAGAGCUAUGCAGCUUUGAGAAACUGAGUAAUUUGGAGGUGAAUAAAGAGGGCACACACACUGGAUUUUUCAUUCCUACUAUUACUAACAACAUAUUUUUCAGGCAAGGGAAAGUGGGUGAUUCCAAAAACCAUCUUUCAGAGGAAAUGAUUGAGGUUCUUGAUGAAAUCACAAAGCAAAAAUUCGAUUUUGAUUUGAUGAACACAUCUGUCACUCCCCUGCAAAAUGGUAAAGGGAUUGAGUCAGACCAGAAUCAUAACAACUAG